UGAAAAUAAAAUUAAACAUGGAACAAGAUCCUAGCAAUGGAAGAAGAACGAAUGGUGGUGGUGGUGGUGGUGGAGAGAUCAAAUAUCGAGGCGUACGGAGGCGCCCGUGGGGGAAAUUUGCAGCGGAGAUACGUGACUCAGCGCGACAAGGGGCACGUGUUUGGCUAGGGACAUUCAAUACUGCGGAAGAAGCAGCAAGAGCUUAUGAUAGGGCGGCUUAUUCAAUGAGGGGACAUUUGGCUAUACUUAAUUUUCCUGAGGAGUAUAAUUUACCUACUAGCUCUUCACAUUUUUAUAGUGCUGGUUCUUAUUCUUCACCAUCAAUGGCUUCAUCAUCAUCGUCGUCGUCAAGGCAAGUUCUUGAAUUUGAAUACUUGGAUGAUAAGUUGUUGGAGGAACUUCUUGAUUGUGAUGAAGAGCCAAACAAGAGGAAAUAAAGAUCAUUUCAAAUGUGGCGGAGGAAUGCAAGAAGUUUUACACUAAAAAAGUUCAUCAUCUACCAUAUAUAUACACGUUAAAAAAAAAAGAAAUAUUUUCAUCUUAUAUAUGCAUUAUGAUUUUUUUUUUAUGAAAAAGGGGUUUGUCUAAACCCCCUUCUGUCCCUCUAGCUCCGUCCACUAAUUUGAAUAAUGUACUUGGUCUGAAUCCCCUUCAGCCGCUAUAGCUCCGUCCACUAAUUUAAAUAAUGUUCUAGGUCUAUUUAUCAUAUACUCUAUUUUAAUUUCACUAUGCAUUUUUUUUGUGUUUGAAUGUAGCAAUCAAUUUGUUGCUACAAUCAACAUGGGUUGUGGUGCAUUGGUGGGAGUGCUUCACCCUUAAUCAGAGGUCUCGGGUUCGAACCCUGGGUAUAUAUGGAGAAAAUUCUGUUGGGAGCGCUACCCUCGAAUGGGCCUUGCAGAGCGC